AUGGUUAACAUGCACGCCCCAGCCAAAGCCGUCAACCUUCUGCAGACUCCGCCAGGCUCCCCAAGACAGUUCACAUGGUACAGCUUCCGCAUCUGCUUCCUCGUUGCCCUGGGUCCUCUGGCAUUCGGAUACUCCUCUUCCAUCAUCGGCUCCACGCUGGGACAGCCUUCGUUCCGGCUGUACAUGCAGCUGGUGGAUCCGAAGACCUUUGAGCCGACCAAAAAUGCGCCGCAACUGGAGGGCGCGAUGUCCUCUAUGUUUUUCGCUGGCGCGGUAUGCGGCGUCCUAGGCUCCAGCUACGUCCUCGACAAAUGGGGUCGCAGAACCGGUAUACUGUGCUGCUCACUCUUCAGCAUACUCGGCAGCGUGAUGUGCUGUGCGGCUCAGGAUCCAGGGAUGUUCAUCGCCUUUCGCUUCAUCUCGGGCUUGGGUGCCAACGCUUUCGUGCCAGUCUGCGGAGUAUACUCGUCCGAGCUUGCACCACCGAGCUUGCGAGGUUUCUUUGGCGGGCUGAAUGGUGUCAUGAUCUUGCUCGGAUACUCGCUGGCGUCGUACAUGGGGCUGGCGUUUUUCCACGCUUCGGACCCGGUCGUGCAGUGGCGGGCGCCGCUCGGUUUAGCAUUAGUUCCACCCACACUCAUGCUGCUGCUUCUGCCGAUACUGCCAGAAUCUCCUCGGUGGCUGUUGAUGCAGGAUCGAUUUGAAGACGCCGAAAAGAUCGUCCACAAGCUGCACAAAGGUCGGGAAGAGCUUGACUCAGGCCGCGUUGAGUUUGCUUUGAUGCAAGGUCAGGCAGAGCAGGACAAGACGAUGGACUCCUCCUGGAAGGCGUUGUUCUCCCAGAGGGCGAAUCGAAGAAGAGCUGUCAUUGCCAUGCUCAUUGGCAUCCUCGGUCAGGCUUCUGGUGUGACGGUCAUCAACAACUUCUCGCCAUUGAUUUACAGCACGCUUGGCUUCGAUCCAGAGGAGACGCUGAUCUUGCUCUGUGGCUGGAUCACUGGCGGUAUAUUCGCUUCGCUGAUCGGUAACAUUCUCAGGGUAGCCAACGGUGCAGAGUGUACAACUGACGUGUGCAACAGGCGCAUGGCUCAUGGAUAA